UUUCCUAAACUUAUCUUGAUUUGAUGGUGGUGGCCAAUCCGCAGGCUGUUCUAAUUUUUCCGGCGGCGGAUCAGCAGGCACUGGCAGCAGUUGAUAGGCCGGCAUCAUCGUGGUCUGUCAUCACCCAACUUUGGAUGAUGAGAAUAAUCGUACGACGGACCCAUCUUGUUUUCUACCAUUUUUCUCUUCUAACACGUAAUUAGAGAGAUAAAAGAGAGGGAAAUGGCUACAAGGGGGAGAUUUCGCUACCAUUUCUGUUCUGUUAACAAGAAGGUUGAAGCAGAUGAUGUUUAGGCUGUCAUAAAUCGUGUUGCCGAUCAAACUUCAUGGAUUUAUCGAGAUCAAGCUUCUUCACGGUGAGCGAACGGAUCUGUGCGGCAUUUAUACCACUCAUUGGCGUUGUAGAGGCCUUGAUUCUGGCGAUGGCUAGGUGCUUCGAUUGCCGCCCUGAGAGUGACAAGGGUCGCCGCCACCGCUUCAGCGAUCUUUCCCAGCUUGCUAGUGAGACCAGAUUUUCUACCAAUGAAGUGGAAGCGUUGUAUGAGCUUUACAAGAAGUUGAGUAGUUCGAUAAUUGAUGAUGGGUUGAUUCACAAGGAGGAGCUUCAGUUGGCACUUCUCAGAAGUCCGUAUGGCGAGAACCUCUUUCUGGACCGGGUUUUUGAUCUUUUUGAUGAAAAGAAAAAUGGAGUGAUUGAAUUUGAUGAAUUUGUCCAUGCUCUCAGCGUCUUCCAUCCCCAUGCACCUAUGGAGGAGAAGAUUGACGCUGCAUUUAAGAUGUAUGACUUGAGGCAAACCGGGUUUAUCGAGCGUGAAGAAGUUAAGCAAAUGCUUGUUGCAAUCUUAAUGGAAUCUGAUACAAGAUUAUCAGAUGAACUUCUCGAAGCAAUCCUCGACAAGACAUUUGCCGAGGCUGAUGCUGAUAAGGAUGGAAAAAUCAGCAAGGAAGAAUGGAAGGCCUUUGUUAGCAAACAUCCGUCUCUGUUAAAGAACAUGACUCUUCCUUAUUUGAAAGAUAUAACAACAGCAUUUCCCAGUUUUGUUUUCAACUCCGAGGUUGAAGAUUAGAGAUUUCACCACAUUGAUGUUCAAGCGAGCCACUUUGAUUGUAAAAUGGAAGUCACUGGACUGUGCUUAUGAGAAUGUCUUAGUUUGUGGCGGGCUAAUAUCGAAAGCAGGAUCGGUUAGAAGAAGCAUCCAUUCAUCGGUUCGAAGAAAGAUCGAUGAGGAGGUAUUUCUCCAGUGAUUCCAUCUUAUGGAUGAUCCAGAUUAAGUAUAGUAGUCAUCUUUUCCUGGCUUUGUAGAGUAUUCUUGGCGGCAGCAGCAUUGUUAUUUCUUUUCAUGGGAAAUGGUUCAUUUUCUGGAACAGCAACACUAAGCAGAAGUGAUUUGUCUGCAUUUGAAUGCACUUCUGAUUUGACAUUGACA